CCCAGAGCCUCCCGCAAACAGCCUUAUAUAAAGCUUGGCAACCAAAACUCUCUAGUCACUUCACUAUUAGUUGCGGAAUCCUAACAUCGAUAUUUUUUGAAUUUUUCUAAAGUUUUGAUUAAAAACAAAUCAAGUGAAUUAUGGCGCCAGAAAGAAGCCGAGAAACGGUCCCUCUUACCAACGGUAGCAUCAAUACUAAUGGCCAUUACGUUGAACCGUUGAUGAAACAUCCUCUUCCCGAUAUCGACAGACCUGUCCCGCCGCCGACUCCUAUCACGGCUCAUGCGUCCGGUGGCGGCCGCGAAGUGCUCGAAUUCGUUUUUCCCGGCGAUCCCCAUCCGUACACAUACGAGGUCAUCGAACAGAGUUCCCGCUUUCUACUGGAACGGACAAAACAUCGUCCACGAAUUGGAAUCAUCUGCGGCUCUGGACUUGGUGGUCUAGCGGAAUUACUAAAAGAAAAGGAUGUUUUCCCAUAUGAAGAGAUUCCCAAUUUUCCUGCGUCGACUGUUCCGGGGCAUGCUGGUCGCAUGGUAAUAGGGUUACUAGAAGAUGUGCCCGUCAUUUGCAUGCAAGGAAGGUUCCACUGCUACGAAGGAUAUGCCUUGUGGAAGUGUGCAAUGCCAGUCAGGGUGAUGAAACUAACGGGCGUGUCGCAUAUCAUCGUAACGAAUGCGGCUGGUGGACUUAACCCAGCAUAUAACGUUGGCGAUAUCAUGCUACUCAAGGACCACAUUAAUAUGCAAGGAUUUGCCGGAGAUAGUCCUUUAAAAGGUCGCAACGACGAAAGAUUUGGACCGCGUUUCCCGGCCAUGAAUAAUUCUUAUGACCAACGCCUCCGUCAAAUGGCUAAACAGGUAGCCAAAGAUAUUGGUAUUGAUCAAUAUAUACGUGAAGGCGUUUACGUCAUGUUGGGAGGACCGGCUUAUGAAACAGUUGCGGAACUGAGACUUCUGCGCAUGUUGGGCGUCGAUGCAGUCGGGAUGAGCACGGUUCCAGAGGUGAUGGUGGCGCGACACUGCGGAAUGACUGUUUUUGCGUUCAGUCUUAUCACAAACGAAUGUAUCACAGAUUAUGACGCACAAGGCGAAGCCAAUCACGAAGAGGUUAUCGAAACUGCUAACAAACGCCAAAAUGACUUGAAUCUUUUUGUUACACGUGUAGUCUCAUCCAUGGCCAAUGAAAUGCCACCCGUCAACGGGAAGAAUGGCUCGGUUGAUGAAAACUGAUAUUUCCCGACACUCGACUCGCAAAUCGCAGGCUGUCGUAGAAGAUUCAAUAUUAUUCUAUAUAUAUACGGUACAUACCCAAUU